UUAUGCCUGUCACAUACAUAAUAUAGUUAUAACAAAAACAGUCUACUUUCAUUUUCAUUUGCAUGUUGAUAAACGAUAAUAACCUGAAAAUUUUCAAUGGCAUGUUCGUAUUUCCAGUUUGUCAGAAGUUCCCAAAGAUUGGUCAAUCUAACAGGUUUUACCAGGCGAAAGUGCACAAAGGUACACAAAGCUGAAGACACACUUAAACACAUGACCGGUGGCAGUGUUACACUGGACAAAGAUGAGAAAAGUGGAAUAGCUGUGAUUUCUCUUGACAAUAAGAAGAAAAAGAAUGCUCUAUCAGGUUCUAUGAUGUGCGAACUCAAUGACAUUAUCAAUGAACUGCAAUCAUGGCAGACUGGAAAAGGUCUCAUUCUUAGAGGUGAAAACCAAACAUUUUGCUCUGGCGGAGAUCUUGAUACUUUUCAAAAUAUUCUGUCUCCUGAACAGGGAUACAGUAUGUCAGGUUUUAUAGGACAAUGUUUGACAAAUCUUUCCCAGUUACCUCUCAUCAGCGUUGCACUGGUUGAAGGCAACGCAUUGGGCGGAGGAGCAGAAAUGGCAAUGUCAUGUGACUUUAUGGUAAUGUCUGAUACUGCUAGAUUUGCAUUUGUACAAAAGAAAAUGGGCGUCACAACUGGUUUUGGUGCUGGUACACGACUAGUCAGAAAGUUUGGAACUUUGAAAGCUUUGGAUAUAUUGGCUUCUGCUAGAACAAUGGAUGCCACGGAGUGUGAACAAUUAGGACUAGCAAGUAAAAUAUUACCGCAUUCCGAAAACGUCCUUGACCUGACAAAAUCUUGGUUACACAAUUACUGUGACGGAGACCCAAAAGUCGUUCGAAAUUUAAAAGCAAUGGUUGUUGCUGCUAGUAACUUAUCUCUCGAAGACUCACAUGCCAUAGAAAGGAAGUUAUUUAGUGAACUUUGGGGCGGAGAAAGCCAUUUGAAAGCACAAAAAAGUAAAUUAAAACAUUAGUUUAAAGAAAAACAGAGUUUUAAAAGUUUGUAGUUUAAAGUGAAUAAAGACUUAUAAUAUUUAUAGA